AUGAGCGUCGUCAACCACCAUUCCGACCGUAGGCAGUUCAGGGCCAAUAUCACUUCCGUUCCCAAUGUCGUGACGGUCAUGACCAUCAAUAGCGUCGCGGCGGCAAAUGCCAUUUCCAUCAUCGCGGCGGUACCUUCGCCUCCCAUCACCGCCUUUUCGUCGCCCUCCCUUCCCCUGCCCGUCGCGCUCCCUUCCCUACCCGUCGCGCUCCCUUCCGUACCCGUCGCGCUCCCUUCCGUCAUUCCCGACACACAUGUAUGUCAUUGCCUUCUCGCCAUUCUCCCUUUUCGUGGCUCUUAUUCUUUCCUGCACGUCGCCCUCGCUUCCCCUCCCCGUCGCGCUCCCUUCCCCUCCCCGUCGCGCUCCCUUCCCCUCCACGUCGCGUUCCCUUCCCCUCACCAUCACGCUACCCCCCCCUCCCCGUCGUGCUCCCUUCCCCUCCCCGUCCCGUUCCCUUCCCCUCCCCGUCGCGUCCCUUCCCCUCCCCGUCGCGCUCCCUUCCCCUCCCCGUCGUGCUCCCUUCCCCUCCUCGUCGUGCUCCCUUCCCCUCCCCGUCUCGUUCCCUUCCCCUCCCCGUCGCUCUACCUUCCCCUACCUGUCGCGCUCCCUUCCCCUCCCUGUCGUGCUCCCUUCCCCUCUCCGUCGUGCUCCCUUCCCCUCUCCGUCGUGCUCCCUUCCCCUCCCCGUCUCGUUCCCUUCCCCUCCUCGUCGUGCUCCCUUCCCCUUGUCAAACUAUAA